AUGAAUUAUGGGUCCGUAUAAUUUUUAUGUGCACUGUUUCGCCGGUUUGGUCUCUUUGGCAACGCCGUCAACACCUUACACAAAUGUAUAAAUCUGACAACCAGCAUGUCUUCAGCGGUGUCGAGUGGCUCGAGGACUCCUCUCCUCCCAGACAUUUACAAUCCACGUGAACACAGCAAAAGAACAACAUCUAAGUCCAUCCCGCUGAACUCCAUCUCUUCUGCUGGAGAGAAAAGUCAAAUCCCCAGUGAGCUUGAUAUAGCACAAUUCAGGAAGCCUUUACGGCACAAUGUUUGCGUGGGGAUGCUGCGGGAGGGCUUCCACCGCUCGUUUGCGGAGCUGUUUGCGCUGCUGCAACAAUGGGACGCAGCGGAGGAUCAUGCGCACAAACUACAGACACUGCAGCUUCAUCUCACCAGUGCGGAGGCUGCAGAGAGAGCCGGACAGUAUGGGGAGGUGUACGAGCACCACCUGUCUUUGGCCAGGUUCUUCUCUGAGCCACAGGAUUUCUGGUUGAAGCAUCAUUUCUUUCAGCUGGCCCUGCAUUCAGCUCGCAAAUUCAAAAUGGAUUCUGGCAAAAGAGAGGCUGAGGCCAACUUACACAUGGGCCAAGUUUAUUUAGAGAAGGGUCAGCUCAAGCAAGCACACAAGCAUUGUGAGGUGUUUUAUCACAUGACCAUGGGCCAUGCAUGGCAGGACACCAGCGGCCGCACGCAUCACUCUCGCUCGUGCGAAGAGCUUUGGAGAGUGUACACACUGCUGGCAGACCGACUGCUUCAGGACCAAGACUAUACACAAGCUAUUAAGAUGUUGACCAAGGCCUACGAGAUGGCAAAAGAAUCAGGAGAUCGAGAGCCAGAAGGAGAGGCGGCUUAUAGAUUGGGCCUGGCUUAUCAGAGCAUUGGAGAACAAACCACUGCUAAACAGUUUCUCAGUGUGUAUAUGGAGAUCUCCACAGCACUUGAAGAUACAGACAGUCUGGGGAGGGCAUAUAAAGCCAUUGCCAAAUCCCUUAAGAGUGAAGGCAAAAUCACAGAGGCAAUUGAAUAUUUGGAGAAGUUUGCUGAGAUUUCUCUGAGCAACAAACAGGACAGAAAUCUCGAGAGAGCCUACAUGUGCCUAGGAACCAUCCUCAACUCGAGAAGGCAGUAUGACGAGGCUCGUGUAUAUUUUGAGCGUGCAUAUGAGGUUGCAUGUAAUCUGGCAUCGGUGCCCAGGCUGCAGAAGGCUCAGGUGUGUGUGGGCAGUGCUCGAGCACUCAGCAUGCUGCAGGCGUAUCACAAACACAUAGAGACCUCUGGACACCAGAACAUCCAGAGAAUCAUCAACUGGAAGGAGAAAAGAGAGGACACCUUCCCUGUAAUUCCAUGUAUGUGGAGAGCAAGAAAUGAAGAGAUGAAUGGUGGACAGAGGAGAGUGAGGGGAAAAGUUUAUUUGAAGGCUGAACUGAAGUCUUAUUCUCAAAAGAUAAUCUUAUUGUAUUUAAUCUCUUUUAAAUCUCUCUCUUAAAGGUUUAGUUAACCAAAAAUGAAUGUUUUGUCAUUAUUUACUCACCCUUACAUGUUGGUCCAAACCCAUAUGACACAUGGAACAUAAAAGAAGAAAUUAGGCAGAUGAUAUUGACCUUAAGAAAUACUUUUGUUGGUGUAACCUAAUGAAGGGGUUUUAAUGCAAGAAGCGCCAAAAAUUAAGAUCCCUUUGCGAGGGGACCCCUUUUCUAAAAUAUAAAGAAUGUAUAUUUUCGGGGGGCCUGGGUAGCUCAGCGAGUAUUGAUGCUGAUUACCACCCCUGGAGUCACGAGUUUGAAUUCAGGGCAUGCUGAGUGACUCCAGCCAGGUCUCCUAAGCAACCAAAUUGGCCCGGUUGCUAGGGAGGGUAGAGUCACAUAGGGUAACCUCCUCGUGGUCACUAUAAUGUGGUUCUCGCUCUCGAUGGGGCGCGUGGUGAGUUGUGCGUGGAUGCCGCAGAGAAUAGCGUGAAGCCUCCACACACGCUAUGUCUCUGCUGUAAUGCGCUCAACAAGCCACGUGAUAAGAUGCGCGGAUUGACUGUCUCAGACAUGGAGGCAACUGAGAUUCGUCCUCAGCCACCUGAAUUGAGGCAAGUCACUAUGCCACCACGAGGACCUAGAGUGCUUUGGGAAUUGGGCAUUCCAAAUUGGGGAGAAAAAGGGGAGAAAAAUAAUAUUUUAAUUAUAUUUUCAUGUAAAAAGAUACAUUUAUACAUCUGUGAGUGAGAAAAAAAACUGACAUUAUUAAGAAAAAUGUAAUAUCUGGUUUUAUAUUAUCAUUGUG